ACGUUAAUGGCUAAAAGUUCUGAGGAGCCUAAGUUUACUUUGAGACUUAUUGUUGAUGAGGAGAAAAACAAGGUCGUUUUGGCUGAAGCUUGUAGGGAUUUUGUUGAUGUACUCUUCAGCCUUCUGACACUUCCAAUGGGAACCAUUGUCAGAUUGCUUGAGAAUCAUCGCAAAUCUGAGCCAGUUACUGUUGGCUGUUUCAACAAUCUCUAUAGAAGCGUUGUGGAGAUGAGCAGAGAUAGUUUUGAGACUGAAGCUUGUAAGCAGAUGCUCAUGUAUCUGAGGAGUGUGAGGGACGUCCAGUGCAAAAGGCUUAAGCUCAACAUAAACCCUACUGAGGACAUCAAGUGCUUUAAGUGCCCAAGUUACUGCAGCUUAUACAGUAAUUUUAACACCUCUAUAUGUAGUUGCGGAAAUUUGACGAACGAGGAGAUUAAAUUAGAAAACAAAGAAAAAGUUGCAGGCCAGAAUCAAAGUGAUGCUAAUGGAGUAUUUGUCAGCGGUAGGUGUUCAUUUAUCUUAACUGAUGACUUGGAAGUGGCUGUCAAGUCCACUGAACUUGUCUUGAAUAAGCUCAAAUCAUUAGGUUGUGCUGAUGUUAGUAAGCUCGGUGAAAGGCUUCUUGAUAUUGGUUUAGAAGAGGUACUGACUCUGCUGGAAUGUAUAUUCUCCUCAAAUGCUCCCUUGACGGACGCAUUCUUGAACAAGAAAAGUCCGCAAGGUGUGACGAAGUUUUACAAAUCGCUAAGUCCAUGUUUGGAGAAAAAAGAAGAUGAAACAGAACCGGAAAAGGUAGUAACUUUGAAAGCAUUUGUGAGGAAGCAGGACAUGAAGAUUUUAUUCAUUGAAUGCGGAGAGGAAUUUGUUGAGCUUCUUUUAUCUUUUCUUGCUGUCCCUUUGGAAUCUGUAUGGGAAAUCUCUGGCAGCAGUAUCUCCUUAGGUUGCAUUGGAAACUUGUGUAGAAGCUUCAGUGACUUAAAGGCUAAUGAGGGGACUGAAGUGUCACCUUCCACAUGCGUGCUUCCCUCUUUUUAUAAUUUCCAGAUGCAGUUGCCUGGUAUCAUCACUCAACAACCUCCAGUAUACUACCGCUACAGGCUCAACGAUUACAGGCAAGUGAGCUAUGGUUUGACUACAAACGGUAAUCGAACUACUUAUUUCCGCAAGGACAGAAUCGUUCGGGUGGAUUUGAUGGAUCCCAAAUCCCGUGGCAUUAAUAAGUCUACUCAUGGGUUCUUGAAAAAAGAGACAAAGUUUACUGUGUUAGAUGAUCUGACCAUUACAUCUAUGAACUCCUGCUCCACAGUUUGCUUACUAAAGAACUUGCAGAGUCAUGCAGACGAUUUAGAGGUGCAAGUAGUUAGCAUCAGCAAUGCAGAGGCUUUGAAUUUGUUGAGAGCUUCAUUGGUGACAUCCGCUGCUUUGAGCACGGCAUUAUGGAAUUUGAUUGCUAAGAAACUGAAGGAGGAGACUGAUUUAUUGAGCCCGGUUUCAAAGAAAGUCAAGGAAGAGACUUGAAGAAAAAUACAGAGCUAGUGAGAACUCUCUAUAAGUUGCUACUAAUCGAUUAUUGAUUAUAUUUUUAGAUUAUAUUUCUCAUGUGUUCUUAUUAGUGGAUUUCCAAGCUUUUUCUUUCUCUGUAUGACUAAUCAAAUUAUUGAGUUUUAUUUGAUUAUUUGAUUAUUUUUCUUUCUUUGUAUGACUAAUCAAAUUCUGCAAGAUUGUUUAAAGCUAUGAGCCUAAAUGCAGGCAAAAACUUGCACAUAUUGUUGAGUUUUUCUUAAUAUUAAGCAACUACAACGUUCAAUAGAAAUAUUACCAAGCUAUCAAAACAAAUGCAUUUAUAU